CGAACCCGUGUCCCCUGCAUCGGCAGGCGGACUUUCAACCACUGUGCCACCAGGGAAGCCCUACAUACUCUUUUAAUUUAUAACUUGUUUUUGUCACUUUAAUACUUUGUAAACAUCUUUUUAAUAUAAAUACUUAUGCAUCUACAUCAUAAAUUUUAGAUUACUGCAUGAUAUGAGUCAGCUAUUAUUUAAGCAGUUCUCUGCUGCUGGCCAUUUACAUAGCUUCAAGUCUUUUGGUAUUUCAUUCUUGUACAUAAUCUUUGUUCGCAUGACCUAUUAUUUCCUUAGGAGAAAUUCCUAGUAGUUCUCAGUUCUCUAAUAUUAUAACCAGUACCUAUUUAGUGUUGAGUCCUCAAAGUAGAAAAAGUGCAAAUGCCUGAAACAGAACAUUGACAAGAUUAUAAUUCUGAGAGAUGAUGGUAGAGGUGUUAUAAACAAUUGAACUGGUGUAUUUUAUGACUUCAGAUUUCUCUAGGAGUCUGGGUCCUUCUCACUGGGAGUGUGAACACUCCCAGUUUUCUUGAAGUUGGUCCAGAGUCUAUGUUCAGUGAACUCCCUUCAGAGCUGGAGGUUCUGUGUUUGCAGUCUUGCUGGAGGCAAAGGAGAGGAGUGGAUGUUUUUUGUGAGAAGGCUGAGGAAAGAGCCAUUGUGGGAUUUGGCUGAGAAAGUCACAGAUCAUGAGAUAGAUGAAAACACUGUCCCAUUAAUAAACAGUUAUGAAUUUUACUGGCUUAAGGCAUGGAGAAAAAAGAAAACAAUUAUGUGUGAUUUAUGUGUAAAGUCCAAAUGGCAUAGAAGAAGGUGUUUAGAGGAUAAAUAAAAAAAUUUCAAUAUAGGAUGCGUUGAAAUAUGAAAUGGUAUAACCACACUCAGUCCUUCCUUCCUCCCACUCUGAAUUUCUAGUCUACUUAUUUUUCUAAUGAUGGGCUAUCAGUUUACCCUCUCCCAGGUGAUCUUUUGUGUAAAGCCUUGUGGACUCAGGUCUUUAUUCAUGUAAAUAAGGCUUUCGCCUCAAUCUCGAGCCCUAAGAUCCUGUCAGCAAGCUCUUAGCUCUCCUCAGGAGAACACUCUUGGUGAGCUGCCAACAGAGGUAAUCUCUCUCUCUCUCUCCUCUCUCCCCUGGAAGGAAAUUAGUUGUUACUUGGGGCAACUCUUCCUUUCCAAACUCCAUCCGCUGAACUGAGACCAAUGUGCAAGGUCUCCUGAUAGGCACCAGCCUAAAUGGUAAAUCUCACUCUGACUUUCCCCUUCUUUCAUCUACAGUUUCCUUUCUGUGUCUCUAAGCUACCGAACUCCCCUUCUACACAUAUGGGGAGAAGUGGACAGGGUGAGAGUGAAACAGAGGAGAGUGACAGGGAGGAAAGAACUCACUCCAGCUUCAUUCAUCGCACGUUGUCACGGCAGAGUUCUCCAGCAUCCUUUCAUGCAUUCUCUUGUGCUAAACUGGGAGGAGGCAGGGUAUUGAAGUGGGCCCAGCCAGGGCAGAGUCUCUGCUGGUGAAGGCAUCUCACUCAAUCAGUGAAUCUAAGACCUUAUUUCUCCAUUUUGAACACUUGCUGUAAAGACUGAUCCAUAACCUUGAAACUUUGCUGUUACGUUCAAGCUCCUAGUUGUCCUUGUUUACCUAACUUUGGGAACAUAAAACUGCUAAUACUGACUACCUUGUACAUUUCCAUUGCACAUUUCUGUUCUAGCCAGCUUUCUUUGCUUACAAGACAGCUGAUCAAGUUAUCUUAACCAAAAGAGAGCUACUGUAAAGAGGCAUAUGGAAUCUCCUGGGAACCUAGGAACAGGAUCAUAAUACAGCUGGGCCCUGUGGAUGCUGGACCAGGGGGAUGGCAGGGCUUCCAAGGCAGCUUUGAAGCUCUCAGUAGAGCAGUUUUGGGUCUUCCCUGUGGGAGAAUGUAACGGCAGUGGCUGUUGAAAUCAGACGGUUCUGGAUUCAAAUCUUCGCAUUGCUUUUUGGUAGCUACAUGAUUUAGUCCAAAUUACUCCAUAUCUCUCCAAAGAGCCUCAGAUUCUUCAGUGUAAUAUGGGAGUGAUUUUGGGACUUGCUUCAGCAGGAUUCUUGUAAGGCUCAAAUGAGAUAAUGUAUGUAAAUCGCUAGCAUAAUACUGGACUUAUCCAUAUUAAAUCUUGGAAAAAUAGGUUAGCAGCUGUGUUUAUCAUUAACAUGACUCAGUAAACAUGUAUGUCUCAUCUUUAUUUAUAGUUUCUGCUCUCUCAUAAUUUAACCCUUUCAUGAUGUUGGGGAAGUAAAAUUAAAAACAAAAUCUUCUCCCACAAAAUCCUCUCCACAAAGGUAGUAGAGAAAGAAAACACUUUAAUUAUUGCACAGGCAUUAAACCAGAAUGUGACGAACAUCACAGACAAACCCUUAAUAGACUGGGAAGAAGAAGGGAAUCUGACCUCUUUAUGUAGGCAAGCAGAUACAACCUGUUACAUACAUGUUUUCAGAUAAAUAAUAACUAGUCCUCAGUUAAGAGAACUCGACAGCACUAUUUGCCACACACAGUUUAUCCUAAGUUAACUGGGUAAUUGAGGUGACCUUUUGUGUUAGCUAAUCAACUUUAUCCAGAGGAAGAACAAACCUUUCAUAUCUUUAUGAAAGGAGGUAGUUUUGCAACUUGGAGCAAGGUGCCCACCCACCGAAGCUACUACUCUCCCACAGAAGCUGGGAGAUAGGGGCACUAGCUAGCUCCCUCGAUGUUUCCAUUUCAAAGAGAUGGUUCCCAGGUCCCUGAGAAAGACAUUCCUAGGUCUUUGACAAAAUGCCAAUCUAGUUUUCAAAAGGAUUUAUUUACAUUUCAAAGAGAAGAGAAAGUGCCUGCAAGUUUUCUAAAGUAAAUGCUCAAAGAAAAAGGAGGGGAGGGAAAUUUCUUCCCUUAUUUUCCACAGGAAGAAUUAAACCUCUCAUUUUUAAUUUGUAUUUGUCCUUACAAUGAUAUGCAAUUCUCCCUCAGUAUCCGUGGGGGAUUGGUUCCAGGACCGUCCCCUCUCUUACCUCCCCGGCUCCCCACGGAAACCAAAAUGCCCGGAUGCUCAAGUCCCUUAUAUAAAAUGGUGUAGUUGGCUAUCCGUAUCUGCGUGGGGUUCCACAUUAGCAAAUUCAACCAACCACGGAAACGAAACCCGCGGAUACGGAGGGCUGACUCUAAUGACCUCUCUGGUCCCCUUGAAAGCCAGGCUUUUCUGAUAUAACUGCUGCACUAAAUGGAAGAUUCCUAGGGAAAAGAAUCAGAUUACUUCUAGUCAUUUGUACUAUGUUGAUAGCCAGCCUCCUGAUUGGGAUCUCUGAGACAUGCACCCACCUAUCAUCCAAUCAGUUACGACAAGAGGAGGAAAGAAUAAUAUGGAAGGAAUAAAGGCCUUACAAGUGGCUGUGGCUAGAGCAGCCCUUUAAAAGCAGCAAACACCCCCAUGUACCUGGCCCAUUUUCCCCUUUAGCCUUCAAAUGCCUGAAGGAGCUCCCCUUAGUAUCGCCAGUGUUUCACAGGUACUGACCUUUUAGUGGGUGCUCAACAGACACUGUUGGUUGAAUGAAUGUAUGAACUAUGUUCUUAGCAGAUUGCAGUUUUGUUAGGUACUCCUCCUGUCGAAAGCAGCUCUGGAGUAUGAUUGCUAUUCAUCAAGUGGGAAAUGCAUAGUGUGAAUUGCUGAAAAUUACAGAAAAUGGUGUUAUGAAAGGAAAACUUUUGAAAUAGAGAAGUUGACUUGAAUGUUUCCAUAUGAAUGACUAUCACAUUCUUUUUAUGAAGUUUUAAAAUUAUUUAAAAAUUUAUUUCUUUUUAAAAUCUCACUUGGGGAAGAGAAAAGAUAUAUUAGUGUCAGGAAUAAAGAUUUAGAAUAAAAAACAAUUACAUAUUAAUGAAAUUCUUUCAUUUCUGGGAAAACUAGAUUGAACCAGUUAUCUUAGAUAGAGACAUUUUGUUUUGUCAAGUACAGAAAGAGUGGAAAUAUUUUUUAUAGGAAACAGGAAAAGAAACAGUCUUAUGACUUACCUUUGGAGAGCACCAAAUUAACAGAUUCCCCCCACUCCCUCCCACCUUCCAUCUAAUCUAUCUUUUAACUUAUCCAAAGUAGAAAAGAACAUUGUGAAAACCUGCAAAGUUUAGUUAAUAGCCGAGGCAAUGAGCUCAGAGAUCUGCUCUUCCAUAAUUCCAUAUGAACUGUCACCUCAGGAGUCGAUACUUAUAAGAGAUGCUUUGGAACCCGAGGGGUUUGUGUGAGAGGAGAGAGUUGAAUAAGUGGAAAUUAAGUCUCAGCACUGGAGAAACAAGAAUCAAAUGCCUGGUCAUUGGAGGGUGGUAGCGCCAUCCUUUUAUGAGAAGAGCAGAAUAACAAAGACUGUUUCUACUGGGAAAUCUGUCAUUCUUGAAUUCCAGCUUUCUGGCAUCUGUGUCCAAGGUACGCGUCAGUGGGAGGAGUCCACCAGAACUUUAAAAAAAGGUAUAUGUAACAAAGUAAGACUCUCGUAAAGAAAGUCAGGUAUUUUUAGGGAAUUGUGCCAAUAUUGUGAUCACAUGAAUUCUGUGCUCAUUCCUUUCUACUGGAAUGUGGGACACACACAACUGAUUUUAUGACAAAUCUCCACAAUGUUAUGUUGUUACAUUUUAUUCUAUGCAGGCUUAUUGAGCAAAUUGAAACUUAUUCCUUGUCUUUGGCCAACACGUCAGUGGUAGAACCUAAUAUAGCAAUACAGUCUGUUAAUUUCUCUUCAGAAGGCACUGUGGGAUCUACAGGUGUUCUCUUCACUGUGCUGAAAGGAACUAGGGAUUCUCCGGUUUCUAGUUCCACAGUUGUAAAUGCAAGUGUGGACAAACUGAAUCUGAAUGAACAGGCUGAACUUCAGAUCUUGCUCAACACCACGAAAACUAAUGCCAAGGCAUGUGGCUUUGUAGUGUAUCAAAACAGCAAGCUUUUCCAAUCAAAAACACUUAUAGCUAAAUCACAUUUUAGUCAAAAAAUUAUCUCAAGCAAAACUGAUGAAAAUGUGGAAGAUCAGAGCACUUCUGUUGAAAUCGUUUUUAGUCCAAGGUACAAUGAAAAAGAAUUCCAGCUUCAUUCCUAUGCCUGUGACUAUUGGAAUUUUUCCCUGAAGGAUUGGGACACACAUGGCUGUCACAAAGAAGGAGUCAUUGAUGGAUUCUUGCGCUGCCGCUGCAACCAUACUACUAACUUUGCGGUAUUGAUGAGUUUCAAAAAGGAAUAUAAAUAUGCUGAAUCACUAGAUGUAUUUUCCACAUUUGGAUGUGCACUGUCCAUUGCUGCUCUGGCUCUCACAAUUAUAUUACUGGUCAGCACCAGGAAAGUCAGAAAAACCUCAGUAACCUGGGUAUUGGUCAAUCUGUGCACAUCAAUGUUGAUUUUCAACUUCCUGUUUGUGUUUGGAAUCAAAAACUCCAAUAAGAACUUAAAGACACUUAGUGACACUGAUAAUACUGACUUGAGCAAUAAUGAAAUGUCCAGACAAGACACCAUUGUCAUCUCGAAUCCCACAUGCACUGCGAUUGCUAUCUUGCUGCACUAUUUUGUGUUAGUGACAUUUACCUGGAUGGGACUCAGUGCUGCCCAGCUCCAUUUCCUUCUUAUUAGGACCAUGAAGCCUUUUCCUCAGCAUUUCAUUCUUUUCAUCUCUUUAAUUGGAUGAGGAGUCCCGGCUAUAGUGGUAGCUGUGACAGUGGGAAUUAUUUAUUCUCAGAAUGGGAAUAAUUCACAGUGGGAGUUAGACUACCGGCGAGAGGAAAUCUGCUGGCUGGCAACUCAAGAAAGCAGUGGUUUGAUAACAAGUCCAUUGUUGUGGUCAUUCAUCAUACCUGUGACCAUUAUCCUCAAUAGCAAUGUUGUUAUAUUUAUUGUCAUUGUAGUCAAAGUGCUGUGGAAGAAUAAUCAGAAUCUGAAUAGCACAAAGAAGUUUUCAAUCCUAAAGAAGUUUCUUAGCACGUUAUCUGUUGCAGUCGUUUUUAGAGUUACCUGGAUUCUGGCAUACUUAAUGCUAAUGGAUGAUGAUGGCAUCAGGGUCACCUUCAGCUACUUAUUCUGCCUUUUCAACACUACUCAGGGAUUGCAAAUUUUUAUCCUCCACACUGUCAGAACAAAAAUCUUCCAGAGUAAAGCUUCCGAAGUGUUGAAAUCAUUGUCGUUAACUGCUGGGAGGGUGAAAGUGCUGCCAUCAGUGACCCCACUGAGGCUGUAUGUAAGGAUGUAUAACAUGCUCAGGUCAUUACUAGCCCUAAAUGAACACUCUUGGCUGCUGGAGCCAUCUAUACUUACCAAGGAAAUGGCAUCGUCUGAAAGUGACCAAGAAAACCCAAGCAUCUAGACAGGAAAACUGUUACCUUUUGUGGUCCUCUUUUUAUUCAACUCAUGUGUUUCACUUUUUCUAUUUCCUUCCUUUAUUACCCAGUCUUCUCAAAGUCUCCCUCAGUAUAUUUUGCUUAAGGUUAAGAAUCAGGUAAAACCUGUUGUUUAUUAUCAUCAGGGAUAGUGAAUUUGGUAGUUUUUCUGUUAUUCAAUAGAUUCUUACUCCAAUGAAGUGAAGAAUGCCACUCAGCUUUCAAGAUAAUCAUUGCUCCGUACAUCAUAAAGUCUACGUGACAAAGUUUGAUAAAAAUAUAGAACCUAAAAAAUUCUUUUACUGUUUACUAGAAAGGACAUGAGGAGAAAAAUUUACCCUCCAGAACAAAAGGACUCUUGGUGAACGCUGAAGGGAGUAGCUUGUAUGUAUCAUACUUUUUUUUUUUUUU